UCAUAUAUGGGAGACCUUAGAGAUGAGGAAAAACAUUGUUGGGUUUAGUUCUACCUCCGGUAGGGGUAUCUCAAAAACUAAAGCACUUUUUGACCAUUUGUCACUAGCCUAUAAGCCUCUCAAAUAUUUCUCCUAGACAGAAAUGAGGUUACUUUAAAAUCAAAAGGAGAUUUUUGCUUGAGUCUCCUGCUUCUCAAACUUGUCUCCUGAGACAAAAACUCUAACACUCUCACAAUGGUCUCCUUUAACACGUUAAAAGAGAUCUCAACAACAUUAUACACUAUAUUUCAGAUAUUUCUGUUGCAAUAAAGUAGUUCAACAUAUUCCACCAAGAAAAAACAGCAAAGUAUUUGUGAUGCUGAAAUGUUAUUUCACACUUUUUAAAACUUGACAGACUGUGGCAGACUUUUGGCCACACUGUAGCCACUUUCGUUGCUGUGGUUCUGCGACGCAGGCACACGGUGCUGUUUUCUGUUUUGAAAAGCAACCUUGGUCAGGGCAACUGGCAAAUUUUAUACUUAAAAAUGUUUAUGAAAGUUAUAGGGGAAAUUUUAAGAAUUAAUGAGCAGGAAACAAGUUAAAGUUUUAUUUCUGUUUUCUGUUUUUUUUUUUUCUUUCUUUUUUUUUACACCCAGAGGCAAGUUAAAGCCCAAUGGGAGUAGUAUACUUACUAGGAGAGAGAAACAUUAUCAUAGGAAUAUCUGGGUGUUGCCUAUUAUGCAGGUUUAGGAUGUCCCAGGUGCUGAGAUGGGUCAUUAUGCUUUGUACCAGGAAAGACAAAGUGUUGUAACUUGGGCAGAAGAGUCCAUAGAAAAGGGAAGUCACAGACCUUGGAAGUCACUCUGUGUACUAAUGUCCACCUUAUAGGACAACCAGCCAUCUGUGAGAUAUGCUGAGUCUGUUGCUGUAUCUGCUUUGCCUGUGUAUUAUGCUCAGGCACACAUCUGCAGCUGCAGAUCUCAGUGACUGUGCAGCUGCAGGGAGCAUUUGCCAUGCCAAUGCAGAUUGCUUCAAAACACGUGAGGAUAGGUUUCUCUGCAUGUGCCGAAUGGGGUACAGGGGCUCUGGAGUGCAGUGCCAGGACAUCGAUGAGUGUACAACUGGUCUACACAGCUGUCAUGCAAAAGCAGUCUGUAGUAACACUCUGGGCAGUUACACCUGUUCAUGCCAAAAUGGCUAUUUUGGUGAUGGUUUCCAAUGCCAAGAUGUCAAUGAAUGUCAAACUAAUAAUGGUGGAUGCCAUGUUAGUGCGCUUUGCACCAACAGAGAUGGAGGAAGAGACUGCAGUUGCAAGUCUGGUUUCACUGGAAAUGGAUUUCAGUGCACUGAUGAUAAUGAGUGCACAAGACUGGGAAUCUGCCACUGGAAUGCCACUUGCACCAACAACCCUGGUUCCUACGUGUGCACAUGCAACGCUGGCUACAGAGGCAUUGGAAAUUAUCUCUGUCUAGAUAUUGAUGAGUGCUCAGAGACUCCUGCUGUGUGCUCUGCUUUCUUUGGGUACAAAGGUUGCAAGAACCUGCCAGGAACCUACACCUGCCUCUGCAACAGUGGCUACCAAAGCAACGGACAGACAUGUGAGGACAUCGAUGAAUGUGAAAUCAACAUCUGCAGCUCAUUUGCUGAUUGUACAAAUUUGCCAGGCUCAUAUCUUUGUACUUGUCCUGAUGGAUUUGUGGGGAAUGGCUUGGCAUGCGUAGACAUAAAUGAGUGUGACAGAAAGAACAACUGUGACCCCAACGCAAUAUGUACCAAUUUGCUAGGAAGCUAUCAAUGCUCUUGCCGCCCAGGGUUCCUGGGCACAGGUGCAAAGUGUACUGACAUCAAUGAAUGUGCCACCAAUAACAUUUGCCCAGCUAACACUGCAUGCGUCAACACAGCAGGUUCAUUCUUCUGUGAGUGUGGUCCAGGCUACAGCUUUAGUCAAACCCAGUGUAUGGAUGUGGAUGAAUGUGCCACAGGACAUUGCAGUGCUUACGCCUCUUGUGAAAACUUACCUGGUUCAUUCAUCUGUGCAUGUGUUGCUGGUUUCGAAGGUGAUGGGUUAAUAUGCGAGGAUGUGGAUGAGUGUGCAAAGGAAAGGCGGUGCCAUGUUAAUGCACACUGCAUUAAUGUACCAGGGAAAUACAACUGCAGCUGUAUGGUGGGCUACGCAGGGGAUGGUGUAUUGCAGUGCACAGAUGUGAACGAGUGUCUUGUUGAUAACGGUGGCUGCAGAAACAGAGCAAUAUGUGUCAACAGCAAGGGGUCUUUCUCUUGCGUUUGCCCCUCAGGCUUUCAGCUAGUCAAUCGUACCACCUGCCAGGACAUAGAUGAAUGCCAGAUACCUGAAAAGGCUUGUGGCAUCAACGAGCAGUGCUCAAACAUGGAAGGGUCAUAUUCAUGCCAGUGUAAAACAGGCUUCAGUCGAAUCACUGACGAUUUAGACUGCUCUGAUAUUGAUGAAUGUGAACAGGAGAAAUCUUGUCACCAGAAUGCCAUAUGCUUGAAUUUAGCAGGCUCCUUUUCAUGCACCUGCAAUCAUGGGUUCUCAGGAAAUGGCAUUACAUGUGAGGAUAUAAAUGAAUGUUCAAUUGAGGGUAUGUGCCAUCAACAUGCCAACUGCUACAAUUAUCCAGGUGACUUUUUGUGCAUAUGUCACCAGGGCUUUACAGGAGAUGGUUUUACCUGUACAGAUGUGGAUGAAUGUGCCCUAUCAAAUAAUACUUGCCCAGACAUCUCUUUAUGUGUCAAUUCCCCUGGAGCAUAUAUCUGUUCUUGUCUGAAUGGCACAGUAGCAUACAACAACACUUGUGUUCUCCCUAGUCGUGAAUGUGAUCCUGCCUGCCAUCCACAUGGACUGUGUCAUCCUUCACCUUCAGAGUAUCAGUGUGUGUGUGAUGUGGGAUUCAAAGGGGAUGGACUCACUUGCUCAGACAUCGAUGAAUGUGAAGAGAAUGGGUGCCCAAACAAAGAGACACAAUGUGUCAAUAACCCAGGAUCCUUUGAUUGCAUUUGCAAAGUGGGUUACACUCUUAGCGGAACAGAAUGCAUAGAUGUGGAUGAAUGUGAAUCUGGAGUCAAUAACUGCAGCAAGUUUGCACAAUGUGUCAACACAAUCGGCAGUCACCUGUGUUCCUGUCUCAGUGGCUUCACUGGUGAUGGAAAAAACUGCUCUGAAAGUGACCUGUAUCCUUUUGGAGAGGAAGCAAGCGAUGCUGGGUUGCCAAAGACAGAGGCAGAUGGAAGUUCUCCAUACAUCACUCCUCCUGCAGGCUUUCCAUUCAUGGGCAAAAUAUAUGAGCGGCUGUUUUUUUCAGAUAAUGGCUUGGUGCAGUUCCAGUCGGUCAGUGAGAAUGAGAAACUGUUGCUCCCUGCUCCAUUCCCAGAGGGUUUCAAUGGUAAUGAGGGCCAUCCCAUGCUGGCUGCAUUCUGGGACGAUGCUGACCUUACCCUUGGGGAUGGAAAACUGCUAUACCAGGAAUACAGUCUGCUCAAUGUAUCUGACAUCUAUGCUGAGGCAAUAUUUCAACGAACAGCACAAGAUGUUAGCAAUUUUGAGACUCAAAGAGGCAAACCCCCCUUUUUCCCAACUUGGAUACUGAAAAUCACAUGGGAUCACGUUUUGCCUGUGUCCUAUCAAAAGAUCAACUUCUCUGAGACCAACACCUUCCAGUGCAUUCUGACCACAGAUGGACUACGUUCAUUUGCUCUGCUCCGCUACAGUGACAUGAACUGGGGUCCAGGAAGGAGGACCAAUCAUAACGCUCUAGUAGGCUACACUGAUGGCAAGAGCAACUUUCACAAUGAGAUUCCAAAGCCACCAGACAACCUGUUUGGCCCAGGAGGGCGUUAUCGACCCCAGACUGCCAUGGGUAACACAGGAAAACUGGGGCAGCUGGUGUAUGACCUGUCAGGCUCUUCUGAAGCCAGCUCGGAUCCUCAGAGGCAGUGCCAGGUAUGGGCCUUCAAUGAGCCAGAUCCUAAAGAGUGGGCAUUAGGACUGGCACCAUGUCCCUGCACUCGUUUUCAAGCACAGGAGGACCUGGCUUUUAGCCUUGAGACUCUCCCAUCAGAACAGAUGGCACAAGUGAGGGAUCUGAGAGCUCUUAGGUGGGGUGGCAACAGGGGCCGUGUCUUUCAGUCUGUCCUGUAUAACAAACAAAAUGCAGGAAAGAGAUGUGUGUAUGAUCCAGAGGGCCCCCUGCUGGCUGGAUACAGUGAACGGUACUUUACUGAGGACAAGAUGCAACAACAUAUAGAUAAGGAUCUUUUACCCUUCCAGUGGUGCUGUGUUCAGUCUUCUCUGUGUGACAUUUACUUGGCAAAGAGACCACUUGACCGGUGCCAAGGGUACAGCUGGAACAGCUCUGACAGCAGUAUACCUGAGAACCGGGGAGCACCAGGCAUUGGCAUGGUAUACGGUAGUCUCCACUUUAUUACCUUUGACGGGAGUGAGUAUACCUUCAAAGGUUUGGGGGAGUAUGUUAUAGUCCGUCUCUCCUCCAGCACGGGAUCAAACAUCUUCACCCUGCAGGGACAAACAGAUGUUCUAGUGGUCAACGGGCAGCCCAAACUUGUGCCUGCUCUGAUACGAUUAGCCGCCUUCUAUCAGGAUGCUGGAAAGGUGGAGUGGCGAUGUUCUGAAUCUGGGGAUGGACUUAAGGUCUUGGUUAAUAAUGAGGACAUUCCUGUGUCUGUUGGAGUGGUGCAUGUAAACGAGCAGGGCUUUGCAGUGCGCUGUACCUCUGUGAGCCGCUGCGCAGUGGUGUACGGUGAGGGCCUGUACGUGCUCGUGUGGAGAGGCAAUGCUGGGAGGCUCAGCGCUCUGGUGGAGGUCCCGCAGAGGUUCUACAACCAUACACUGGGUUUGCUGGGACACUGGAGCUCCAAUAGGACCAAUGACUUCUUGCUCUCCAAUGGCCGUAUGGUGCCUUCUCUAAACAACAACAUCCCCUCUGAACAGAGUCUGCUUCCCUUUGGACAGUCAUGGGCAGUUCCUGCUCCAGAGAGUCUACUGCUGUCAGAGCCUCCUAGUGCUCCAUUCAGUCCAGUCAUGACAGAGCAACUGAUGUCCUCAGUGAGCCCAGACGUGCUGGCCAAACACAGUCAGACCUGUCAGGGCAGCAUGCAGUGUGUGCAUGACAUCCUGGCCACAGGAAACCCAAUCCUCGGUCAGGAUGUUCAGAAAGACCAGCAGCUGCUUCAUAGCCGAGCACAAAUUUACGGAAACCUGCCGCCCAUUGUGACAGAGCCAUUUGUUAUUAUGUGUAAAGUCAAUAGUACAGUUAGAGUUCAGUUCAAGGCCCAGGAUCCAAACAAAGACACAAUCACCUUCUCCAUUGCCUUACCGCGCUCUCCACAGGUCACCAUCGGCAGUGGUAUGAUUUAUUGCAAAGCAUACUUUUUAUAAACUCAGUCUGCUUACUAAGUUAAACACAAAUGUCAGUGAGAUCAUCUGUUAGAUCUAUAUCUAAAGCAUUGUACUCUUAAUGCCAUGCAUGCUCUACAUUUUGGUGCAUUAAUAUUUCAUUGGUUUAUUUGCGUGCUGGGUGAUGGUGUCUUCACCUGGACCCCUUCUGGCAUUCAGCCAGUCAAUCUGACAGUUCAAGUGAGCGAUCAAACAUCCAGGUCUGUGAUCACCCCUGUUCUGCAGCUCUGUAACUGUAUGAAUGGAGGAAGCUGCCAGUACGACAGCGUGGUUGAGAACCAUCUGCAGGGAAAGUUUCAGAUUGUGGGAUGUCUUUGUCCAUCGGGUUUCAGUGGCAAGUACUGUGAUAACAGAGCAGAUGUGUGUAAAGGCAAACCCUGUUUUCCUGGCGUGGAAUGCAUAAGACAGAAAGAAGGAGACCUGUUCACAUGUGGACC